AUGGCUCCCGUGAAGUUAGCCAUCAUCGGUGCUGGUCCCUCCUCAUUCUAUGUCGCCUCGCGGUUGUUGUCCCUGCUCCCACCAACCAGCUCGCAGGCCUCCAUGCUCAAAAUCCACAUGUACGAUCGUCUUUGGGCACCCCACGGGCUCGUGAGAUACGGCGUCGCGCCAGAUCAUCCCGAAGUCAAGAACUGUAUACACAAGUUCGACGCGGCCGCAGAAGACCCACGUCUGAGGUUCUUCGGAAAUGUUAACAUCGACACACCAUCUACCAUCCCUCACGCCUUCUCGUUGCCUCUCUCCGCCAUCCUCCCACACUACACUCACCUCCUCAUCUCCACAGGAUGCACCGUGCCCAUCCUGCACCCAUCCCUCCCACCUUCCUCCCACUGCGUCCCCGCACUAUCUCUCGUGCACUGGUAUACCGCGCACCCAUCUAAUCCACCCACCCCGCCCCUAGACAAGCUGAAGCACGUCACACUCAUCGGGCAGGGCAACGUCUCGCUCGACGUCGCGCGCAUGCUGCUAACUCCCCCCUCCGACCUCGCAAAAUACGACGUCCCCGAUCACGUCCUCGCCGUCCUCGAAAAAUCCUCAAUCGAACACGUCUCCAUCGUCGGCAGGCGCGGCCCGCACCAGGCCGCAUUCACGACCAAGGAGCUCCGCGAGAUGAUGAAUCUCCCCGACGCGUCGUUGCUCCCGCUCGACCCCGCACUGCUUAAGGCGCCUCCCGCCGGCGCGGAGCCACUCACCCGCCAGCAGUCGCGCACGCUGCAGCUCCUUCAAAAAGGCUCGAAGAACAAGCCCGGCUCCACGCGCAAGACCUGGUCACUCGAUUUCUUCCGCUCGCCCACCGGUCUAGUCCUGCCCUCAGGCCCAUCCGCAGCCGACUGCUCCAGUGAAGCACAGCUGACUCUGGCACACACGAUCCUUGACCCGUCCUCUCAUGCGGUGCCUACCGGCGAAACAUCGACGGUCUCAACCUCGCUUGUGAUCACAUCCCUGGGCCAGCGUUCGGAUCCGAGUGCUGCGUGGUAUGACCCUGCGCUCGGCCACAUACGCACCGUCGACGGACACGUUAUCGACUCUGAGGGGCUCACCGUGCGCAACGCGUAUGCCAGCGGCUGGGCUGCCACGGGCGCCCGAGGGGUGCUCGCGAGCACCAUGAUAGAUGCGUACGCUGUCGCUGACGUUAUCCUCCGCGACGUCUUCCCCGGCGAAGACAUCAGAACUGUCGCCGUCGACGACAUAAAUGUUGGGUCCAUCGUCACAGAGGAGGAAAGACGGAAGGAAGACAUGGUGGAGAUCAUGCCGAGGCAAGUAUACAGCGAUGCGCCCCCACCCGAGGUUGAAGAUGCGUGGCGAGAUGGCAUCGUGACCGAUUACGAAGACUGGAAAGCUGUGAGUGCGGAAGAGGUGAGACGGGGCCAGGAGAAGAGUAAGGAACGCGAGAGGAUGAUAUGGGAGGAGGCACAUCACUUCCUGCAGGCUGCGAGGCCUCACAGAACCUAG